GGAAGCUAGUAUACUGUCAUGGCGGACGCCGGUGUGAAAAGCGACAUACGCUCGAAUAUGUGGCGACCGGGAGCUCUGCAGAGUCUGCUUACAUUCUUCAUUUUAUCUCUAGCUUGGCUUGUUGGAUUUAGCUCUCGAUUAUUUGCUGUCAUUCGAUUUGAAAGCAUCAUUCACGAGUUUGAUCCAUGGUUUAACUACAGAGCCACUCAUUAUAUGGUACAGCAUGGUUUCUACAACUUCCUGAAUUGGUUUGAUGAUACAGCAUGGUAUCCUCUAGGAAGAAUCGUGGGAGGAACGGUGUAUCCUGGAUUGAUGGUUACCUCUGGUACAAUACAUUGGAUCCUUCACAUGCUACAUAUUCCAGUGCAUAUACGAGAUAUAUGCGUUUUUUUAGCACCAAUAUUUAGUGGAAUGACAGCAAUUGCUGUGUAUUUCUUUACAAAAGAAAUAUGGAGUGCUGGAGCAGGCUUGUUUGCUGCUUGUUUUAUUGCCAUUGUUCCUGGCUACAUCAGCAGAUCUGUAGCUGGCAGCUAUGAUAAUGAAGGAAUAGCUAUUUUUGCUCUUAUGUUCACAUACUAUUUAUGGAUAAAAGCAGUAAAAACAGGGUCCAUGAAUUGGGCCAUUUUCACAGCUUUAUCAUAUUUUUAUAUGGUGUCAGCGUGGGGUGGUUAUGUUUUCAUCAUUAACCUAAUUCCAUUACAUGUAUUUGUUCUUUUGUUAAUGGGAAGAUAUUCUAGACGUAUUUACAUAGCAUAUUCAACAUUUUUCAUUGUGGGUUUAAUAUUAUCAAUGCAAAUCCCAUUUGUCGGAUUCCAGCCAAUCAAAACCAGUGAACAUAUGGCCUCUGCUGGUGUAUUUGGUUUAAUAAAUGCAUACGCUGUUAUACAGUAUGUGCAUUCCUUCAUGACCAAAGCUGAAUUUAAGAUUUUCUUUUUCUGUGCCGUGGGAGGAGCCGCAGGAGUUAUCUUUCUUAGUGUUGUCGGCCUGACUUGGGCAGGAAUUAUCCACCCCUGGAGUGGUCGUUUCUACUCCCUGUGGGACACAGGAUAUGCUAAAAUCCACAUUCCUAUCAUUGCCUCCGUGUCGGAGCAUCAGCCCACCACAUGGGUGUCCUUCUUCUUUGACCUUCACAUCCUUGUCUGUGCUUUCCCAGCCGGGGUGUGGUAUUGUGUGAAGCACAUUAAUGACGAGAGAGUAUUUGUGAUUCUGUAUGCCAUAUUUGCCAGUUACUUUGCGGGUGUGAUGGUUCGUCUUAUGUUAACUCUAACACCAGUUGUAUGUGUUCUUGCUGCAAUAGCCUUCUCAAAGACAUUUGAAAUCUAUCUCAAAGAUGAAACACCUAAAUCCAGUAGUAAAGAAAGCAAAGAAGAGCCUGCCGAAAGCAAGAAUGACAGGCUCUAUGAUAAGGUUGGUAAGACUAAGAAAACAAAAGAAGAGAAACCAAAAGACCAGGAUGCAAUGGGAAUGAACAUAAAGACGAUUGUGAUUAUCGCCCUGUUGAUGAUUCUGAUGCUGUUUGCUGUCCACUGUACCUGGGUGACGAGCAGUGCCUACUCCAGCCCGAGUAUAGUGUUGGCUUCUUACAAUCAUGACGGGAGUAGGACAAUCUUGGAUGACUUCCGUGAAGCGUAUUAUUGGUUGAGACAGAAUACAGAUGAGAAGGCGCGGAUCAUGUCCUGGUGGGAUUAUGGGUACCAGAUAGCAGGAAUGGGGAACAGAACGACGCUAGUGGACAACAAUACAUGGAAUAACAGUCACAUAGCUUUGGUUGGUAAAGCUAUGUCCUCCAAUGAGACGGCAGCCUAUGACAUCAUGCGUCAGCUGGACGUGAAUUACGUACUUGUCAUAUUUGGGGGCGUAAUUGGAUAUUCAGGUGACGACAUCAAUAAAUUCUUGUGGAUGGUCAGAAUUGCAGAGGGGGAACAUCCAAAAGACAUCAAGGAAUCGGAUUACUUCACUCCCCAGGGUGAGUUCCGUGUGGACUCGGCUGGUUCUCAGACACUACUUAACUGUCUGAUGUACAAACUAUCAUAUUACAGAUUUGGGGAAUUGCAGCUGGAUUUCCGAAGUCCGGCCGGAUAUGAUAGGACAAGAGGUGUAGAAAUAGGUAACAAGAAUUUUAAAUUGACUCACCUGGAGGAAGCCUACACAUCAGAACAUUGGCUGGUGAGAAUCUACAAAGUCAAAGAUCUAGAAAACAGAGAAAAAGUGACAAAACCAUCUAUACCAGCUCAAAAGUGGAAGAAGAAGAUGUCAAAAAAGACAUCAAGAAGAAAAACUGGCAGCAUUAAAAAUCAGCCCAAAAUAGUAAAGGGAAAGAGAAGAUCUGGGAAGAAGUAAAGAACAGAUCCAGUCCUAGCAAGAAUUGUCUUUCCUGAUCCAUAUUAGCUUUCGUGUAGGGACCAGUGUACAUUGGAAUGUUUGAAGUUUUUAGUUGUGAGCAAAUAUUUCUGUAAAAGUUUGAACUGUUCAUGAAUGUGAAAUUAUAGGCUAAUUAUUGUAAAGAAAAAAAAAGCACAAACAUGUGAAUCAAGCAGUUCAUUACCUUAUUGUAAAUUGGUGUUAAGUUCUUAGAGUUUUAUAAUGAGGUAUGAUGAUGUGAGUAUUGUGUUCUUUCUAAUAAGUCCCCUGUGUCGUUGUUUUCUGUUGAGGGAGAGUAAAGUAUCAGACUGUGUGUUGUAUGUUAGUGUUAAUGUUUCAGUUAUAGACUGAAAGUGCUAUUUAUUUUAAUCAGGCUUAUCUAUAAGUACACCAUUUUCUUUCCAACAUUUUGCUUAAUUUUUCCGGUAUGUAGUACUUUGUUACACCCCACCACCCUGUGUAUUAUUACAUACUCUUUUUGUUUUAUUAACCCACUUGUACUUAAUGCGUUUAUACCAUAUAUAUUUUCCAAUGUGAAUACUUUUCAUUAAAAGAUGCUACAUGUGUGGAUGGGAGCUUGGUAGAAAAGUGCUCAUUUACUCUCAUGUAAUUCAGUACUUCAUUUAACUCAGCUGUAUAGAUAGGGUAGGUUGUAGAAUGUCAAUGUACAAAAAGAGACUGGGAAAUACAACAGAUGUGUGUAGAAUAUGGAGGAUAAAUGAGUCAUUUUCAGCAUGUUCAUAAUUAUAUAAAAUAUACUUUAACAGCUUUCGUUUGUAGAUUGUUUUGGUCUCUGUAAGGUUAUGCAGACCAUUAAGUAACAUAUUUGUAACAUUGAAAACAAAAGAGAAAUAUUUUUAGUGCUCAAUAUAAGGCUGAAGAUAAAACAAGAGAGUACAGAAUUGGUAUUUUUGACAUUUCACCGCAUAUCAUUAAAAAGAAAUGUACAAAUGCAAAAUCACAUGAUCACUUGUUCAGCCAAAACUUUUCUUUUUUUUCAAAUGACUUCAUGUUAUGAUAUAGUCCUUAUCUAUAAUAUGAUUUAUUGGUACAUGUUUACAAUCUAUGUAUCCUGCUAAGUUUCUCCAGACUGUAAAUCUCCUCAGUCAAUAUUAAGCUUGCAUUUCUUUGAUUUUCAAAUUUUUUAAAAUUGUGUAGCUUUGUUUCAAAUUUUCAGGGCAAUCAUAAUGGCUACUUUUGUUGAAGUCUCAUUUAAUCUUGUCUUGAAUUUGAUUCUUUAAAUGCAAACUGAUAGGGCAUUCACAUGGAAAAAUAAAAUGUGUGCAAUGUUUAAGUUAAAAUGCCAUUCAUGGACUUCUGAAGCAAGUUAUCAUUUUUCUCUCGCAUCAGUUAAUAUUACCUAGUCAUUUAAUUGUAGUGAGUUCAAAGGUCAUCCGUACUCGUUAAAUUUCCAUGAAUAUACCAAUGCAUUGUACUGAAAAACUUGCCCAGAAAGCUGUAAAUAUUUCUUUCCUUUCCCGAUGAAGUUACCUUUGUUGAGUGUUACUUUGUGUUAUUUUUCUGGUUCUAUUAAUGGGUGUACGCAGUCAGAUUCCUGGUUCUAUUAAUGGGUGUACGCAGUCGGAUUCCUGGUUCUAUUAAUGGGUGUACACAUUCGGGUUCCUGGUAUGGUGUGUAUAACAAGAAUCAAAAAUGUUGUGUAAAGAAAUGUAUUGUUGUUUUGUCUCUUCAUUAGAUGCCAUCUUUGUUUUAACGAGUCUUAUUAAUGUGCAAAUUAAGCCAUAUGAAAGAAUUUAUAAAAUGAUUUAUUAAAUCUCUGAAAUAUUU